UUUGUUUUUUCAUCCUGUCUUUUGUUCUUUUCUGUGAAUGUGCCAUGGAUUUCUCUCUUAUAGUUCUCUUGGGAAUGGCCCCACUUUCAAAAUUCAAGGUUAACAGGCUAUGAAUUACCACUUACUGCCGUCACUGUCCACUGUCACAGCCUUUAGAUCCGAUCCUGGUGGAUCUAUCCCUGGGAGAAGAACCUCCUGGUAGCCAGCUGAGUAGGGUGGGUAGAGUGCCACAAGCAAAGACAACUUUCUUGGCUUGGUUUUUUGCAGUUGAAAGUCGAUUUUAAAUUACUUGAAUCAGCGUAUUUAUUUUUCUAAACUAGUGAGAAAGGGUGGGAUCUAAGAGAAAGAUCAUUUUGAGGCUGCUUUUUGAUGAUGAUGUGUUUAGUCACCUGAUAUUUCGAAACUGUCAAGAAGCCACAAUUGUACACAUAGUUAGAAGUUAGAUCAUCAAAGUUGUGGGAUUUUUUUUUUUUUUUUUUAAUUUAAAAUGUUGUUUUUGGAGCCGCCUACUGGCAGCCAAAACUAACUGAAAAGUGCUGUUCUCUGAAGUUCAUAGAGCCAGAGUUGAGGCUGGAAGGAGCCUGAGAGACCCCGGGGUGGGGUAGGUAGGGAGCAUGGUCCUUGGAACCAGACAGACUUAAGCUCUAAUGCUGACUCCAACCCUGACCAGUUCUGUCGCUUUUGAGCAAGUUACUUAAUUUCUGAACCUCAAUUUCCAUAUUAGUCAAAUGAGAGAAAUAACUACCUCAAGUCUGUCACAUACAAUAAGCACAGUAAAUUGUAGCUCUAAUUAUUACAUAAAUAUUUUGCAGAUAAAGACACUGAGACCCAAAUAUGCUAGGUGACUGGCUCACAGUCACACAACUGGUUUGAAGUGAACUUAUGAUUAAUACUUACUGGGUGCCUGCUGUAUGUCAGGCACUCGUCCGAGUGAUACAUACCUCAUCCUCACAUUGACACUACCCUCCCCAUUUUAGGGAUGAGAAAGCUGAGGCAUCCAGAAGUUACUAAGGAUCCUCAAUUCACCUAAGUUGCAAGGAGCAGAAUCAAGAUUUCAAACAGAGCUGGCUAACUCCAGAGCCAUGCUGCCUCUAGGUUGGUUGCCUGUUUCAAAAACAAAUCAUACCAGCCCUUCCAGACGAGUAACUCCUGAGUUCUCAAACUGGAAUGCUCUACCCCAUAAGCAUUAAACUCAGCCACCUUUGUCUGCCCACAGAGCAUUUCUACUCAUGUAAUAUGAAAAACAUUGAUGAUAAAAUGUUAAAAAAGCAGAAUACAAAAUUUUGUAUUCACUAGCAGUUAUAGAAAGAAAGCAUACUUGCAGGAGAAGAUCCACAAUAUACUAACAAUGAUUGCAACAAAGCACGGAAUAGUAACUAUUUUUCUUAUUUUCCAAACUUUCUAUAAUGUGGUUUGAUUCAUUUUAUAAUGAAAAAGACAUUUUUUUAAGGGAGGGAGGGAAGUAUUUUAAGUCAAGCAGAAGAGCUGCCUGCUUGAAAUGCUGGGGCCCAGACACUUUGUUUCUUUUCUCCGCUGGGGUGAGACUGCAGGGAUUGCUGGUGCCCUGGAAACACAGCAUCACCCCACCUAGCCUUCAUUCCCUACCUCUGCUCAGUUCCACAGCUGUAUUUGCAUAUUUGUCCUCUCAGGACAUUAGCUUUCUCUGGACUUUUCACUUUAGUUUUAUCAUUGUACCAGGGUUGUAAAUAUCAAAAAGUCAGUGACAUGUGGUGAGGUGUGAAGUCUAAAGUUCUGCUUUGCCUUUUAGCCCCACAUAGAACCAGCCCCAUGCAGAGCCUCCAUUCCUGGGCGGGAGCCAAGGUCAAGAGCAGCAGAGUGACUUGAUAGGGACAGUCUCUGGGUCUUUGGGAGGAUAUGCUAUCAAGGCAUUGGAGAGACUUUUAGAACAGCAUUGUCCAGAGAAAUAUAAUGUAAGCUAUAUGUACAUUUAAAUUUUUUAGUAGCCACAUUUUAAAAAAAGGAAAAACAGGUGAAAUUAAUUUUAUUAAUGUAUUUAAUUGAGCCUAAUAUAUCCCAAAUUAAGUAAGAUUAAAAAUUUACUUUCUCAAUCACACUGUUCAUUCGCCUGAUGUGCCUGGCAGCCACCCCACUGAUAUUUUAGUGUGUUUUAGUGUAUUGGGGUCUUUCCAACAGCUCCUCGUCCUUUGUGACUAAUACAGAAAGCAGGGCCAGAGGAAUUUUGCCAAGUUAGACCAACCUCACUUCGGGGAACCAAAAAGAAGAUUGACUUGUGAUCCCUGUGGAAAGCUCCUCCCGAGACACCUUCCCUGGUGCAGCGCUGUGUCUGUUCCAGGCAGGAGCUGGCUUCCAUCCUGUGGUUUUGGAGCUGCAGCCAGGGGGUGCAGUUUGCAGUUGGGAACCCGCAGCUGCCCAGCCACAGGGGCCCCAGCAGUGUUUCCUGCCGUGUUGCUGCCCCUUAACUGGCCUGGGCCCCAGUGACCGACCUCAUGUCCCAGCACAGCUGGGGGACAAGGUGCUUAUUCAGGGCAGGCAAGGGUUCCCCUGUGGAGUGCUUCCUCCCCAUGCAGCAGCUCCAGCUUCCUCACUGGUGCAGGGCCUGAGUCCAGCCCUGUUCUAAGGAGAAUUGGGAUCGUUCUCCCAAAUGGGUCAGCAAACACAGAAUUGUACUUGAGGCCAAUAUCUGCCUCCAUAAUUUAAGAGAAAUGGGGAAAAGAUUUUGAAAAUACCCUUUUUCCCUCCUUAGCUCAUAUGCUCAAAACCUUUAUUUACAUCAGCCCUUGUGAUAGCUCAUCUUGGGAUAUAAGCCAAGCCAUCUACACAGCCCACUUCCCUUCUAAACUCUCUUACAUGGAACAUAGAGCUGACUUUGAGUUCCCAUAGUAGAGCUCCAGCCUUCAUGAUUUGGCCCUGGUGGUUUUCAGAAGGGUUUCAGGAACACUGGUUAUGCAAGUGAAACUUCCUGUUUACCCGCUUUUCAUAAUUAAUGGCUGAGGAUGACAGAUUGUGACCACAAAAGUGUUCAGAUGUCAUUCCUUUGAGCCCACGUUUGUAGUACUCACGUGGGUAGUAGCACACCAGACAACUCUAGCGGUCCAAUUUGCACACAAAGAAUUGAACCAGGAGUCGCAGCAGCCACAGAUUCUAAGUCCAUUUACAGCUAAAGAUGAUUGUUUGGAAAGCAAGAUGUCAAGAGCCAGAAGUUAGGGGCUCAAGGCUGAUGCUCCCUGGAUGGUCUCACCCUCUUGUGGUUCCUGUGUUUGUUGACAGCCCCCAAAUCUGUGCCCCCAGUGGACACUGUGCUCUUUUUUUUUUUUUUAAUUUAAGUAUUGUCAGUUAUAAUAUGUCAGUGUCUGGUGUACAGCAUAAUGACCCAGUCAUGCAUAUACAUAACAUAUAUUUGUUUUCGUAUUUUUUUUCAUUAAAGGUUGUUACAAGAUAGUGAAUAUAGUUCCUUGUGCUGACACUGUGCUCUUGAAGUGCAAAGCCCUAUAUUCAGCUGCCUUCCUGAUAUCCCAGUGCAGGACUUGCAGAUUUCCCCACUUCCACGUGACCAGAAUCCGCAACCUGCCCCUCUGCAGUGUUGCUGUUCCACUAAACAAUCCCCCCCGCCCCGAGGUGACCAAGCUGAAAAUCUGGGGCAUUUGUGACUUUUGCCUCCCCUCUGCUUCUGACUUACAAAGUCCUGCAGGAUCUGGCUCCCGCUUAGCCCCCGAGCAUGCGCUCACAACCAUCCACCUGGAUCUUGAGCCAUAUGGAAGGCACCACAUUCCCACUCAUCUGCAGGUUUCCACAGUGUUCCUUCCUCCAUUCUUGAUCCUCUCAACCAUUCAAGGUUAAAGUCAUUGAUUGCAGGAGUCAUCCCCUGACCUCUGCCCAUGUGGAUCUGAGGAACAUCCAGUACUAACAUGGUACUCAGCACACUGGCUUGUUGCCCUUGUCCUGGGAGGGCCCCAUCCAGUACCAUCUCCCCUGCACUUAGCACUAUGCCUGAUGGAUAAUAGGUGCUCAGUAAAUAUUUGCAGAAUAAUGGUUGACAUUGACAGAGAACUUUGCACCAAGUGCCUUGCUCAGUAGGUUGCCUGCACGACCUCAUUUUACAAGAGUAGGAUCUGGGAGACCAUCUAGGACGUGAUGACUGUCAAAGUCUGGAGGGACACCAGUUGGCUUCAACUAGGAUGAGCGUGGUGGAGAGAAGUGGGCAGAUUUGAGCCCCAAAUACAGCCAGAGUCAGCAGGACUUGCUGAGAGUUUGACUGACGGGUCUAGGGAAGAGGAGCAGGGAAGGCGAGAAUCAAAAGGAGUCAAGGAUAAGGGCUAGGUUUUUGGCUGGAGUAACUGCUGGAUGCUCCUGCCUCUCCUUCCUGAGCAGAGGCUGAAGGGCGGUGUGCCUGGGUGUGUUUGGGGAGCGGGGGGAGGUAUUUAAAAGAUCUCUUUGCUAUGGGUUAGGUUUCAUAUGCCCAUCAGGUAGCCAGGCAGAAAUGGAUAUAUAAAUGGGGAACUCUGGAAUGAGAUCAGAUGAGGCUGGAGUUCCCCAUUUAGAACUCCCCAGAACUCCAUGAAGUAGAGCAACUGAGGUCGUGUGAUUUCCUUCCUGUUUCAGGGCACCUGCCACACAGCUAGCACUUGAACCGAGGCACACUGAUUGUCUCCAGUUCUAGGUGCCCUCAAUUUUCCAGUGUGGCUUUCUCCAUGCCAGCAGUCGGAAUUGCUUUGAAGGUCAAAGUAUGCUGUACUUAGAGAUUUUCAGUGUAAUCAGGUGUGCUUACAGUCCAACCAGAACAGAGCAGAAGGAAAGGUGCCAGGGAACGGUGAGGGCCUGGUGCAGUCGCGGUCACUGGCCACCGUUGCUGGGUUCACUUGGCAGCUUCUGGGCAGUUGACUGCUAAUAUCUAGUAUUUGCUUUACUUACAGAAGAGCAGUGUUUCAGCUUGAAGUACGUUAUUCAGAUUUAUCCCUUACUAUAAAAUCACAGAUGUGAAAAAGAACCAACUCCUUCCCUUCUGCUGGUUGCGUCUGAGUACUCGAUUCAUAGUGGUUGUAGAAAAGAGAUACUGCAUUUCUUGUGUUUGACGCCUGCAGGAAGGGAUGUGCUUUUUUCUCAGGGUGGGGAUGUGUGAGUGUAUUUUAAAACCACAUACACGUAUAAACAUCUGCUGAUUUAAAAUAACCUUUUUUUCUGUUUUAUUUUAGGGAUCAUGACUCUUCUUGCUUCUCGCCUAAGUUGAAUAAGCACCUUGUGCACUUUAGUCCCCUGUCAGUGCCAUCGGGCUGACCGAAGACAGGUUUUUGAGAUCUCAGCUAUAAAGACAUCCAGCCAAAGUCUCAAUCUUGCCUUAACAAUGUUCCAGAGACUGAAUAAAAUGUUUGUGGGUGAAGUCAGUACUUCUUCCAACCGAGAACCAGAAUUUAGUGAGAAAGAAGAUGAUGAAUGGAUCCUUGUUGACUUCAUAGACACUUGCACUGGUUUCUCAGCAGUGGAAGACGAGGAAGAAGAAGACGUCAGUGAAGAGUCACCCGCCGAGCACCCUUCAGUCUUUUCCUGUUUACCUGCGUCUCUUGACUGCUUAGCUGAUACAAGUGAUUCCUGCUUCCUCCAGUUUGAGUCCUGCCCGAUGGAGGAGAGCUGGUUUAUCACCCCUCCCCCGUGUUUUACUGCAGGUGGAUUAACCACUAUCAAGGUGGAAACCAGUCCAAUGGAAAACCUUCUCAUCGAACAUCCCAGCAUGUCUGUCUACGCUGUGCAUAAUUCCUGCCCCAGCCUCAGUGAGGCCCGCUGUGGGACCGAGGAAUUUCAUAACCCAAGUAGUCCCAGAGUGGAAGCGGAGAAUGAAGUGGGGCAGCACAUUCAUUGCUAUGUUGCAGCUCUCGCCGCUCAUACAGCCUUUCUGGAACAACCCAAGAGCUUUCGCCCUUCCCAGUGGAUAAAAGAACACAGUGAGAGACAGUCUCUGAACAGAAAUAGUCUUCGUCGCCAAAAUCUUACCAGGGAUUGCCACUCUCGGCCAGUCAAGCACAGCGGCUGGGCUGUCCAUCAGCCCUGCCCACGUCAGUACAAUUACUGAGAAUUUCACGUUCGGUUGGUUGGUUUCUCUUGGUUUGUGCAUAUGUGUGUGGAUGUGUGUGUGUGGACGAUGAAGAUGCUGUCUCUUUACAGCCAACUGUUGACCAAUCACAUAGUUUUAUCAGCGUUUUUAGACACUAUCUUGAAAACCAGAUUUACAUGCUGUGUAUCACGUAAUGCCUUGCUCUUAACAUUUACUUUUUUUGUAAAAUUUUCAGACUCUUUUUGGAAACAUAUCAAUACAGUUACAGUGUUUGGUGUUUGGGGAUGUCUUUAAAUCUAUUAGGGUGUACAUGAGUUAGCAGUUUAAAGACUUCUUCCCAAGUACGAGAAUAGGCAUCUUUCAAUUUCAUUUGAUUUGGUAUUAAUCUUCCGAGUAAGCAGAAAUGUAUUCUCAGGGUCAGCCAUACACUUUAUUGACCAGUACUUGAUACUCUUUUCUGUAUAUAACGGAUACAUUUUUACACACUAACAUGAGCAUUAACAAGUGAUGGUUGCCAUGGAUAUAAUGGAAUUAUGGCUGAACUUUCUUUCGGAAGAAAACUUGAUAUAUUUCUGUGUGUAUGGGUUUUUCAUUUCCCAGAUUAGCCAUGCAGUUCAUUUUGGAAUUCAGGUACAUUAAGUGUUAGUGAACAGUGCAUUCAGUAAUUCCGAUGUGACUGUGCGACGUGGUACAGACAUUACAGGUAUCGUAGGACAGAAGCACUCGUCUCACGUGUGGAGGGAUUAAAUUAAACCUGUGAAAUUGUAUUUGGAAAAAUGUAUGUCUAUAACCCAGUGGUCCACUGCUUAAGUGGCCUGGAUUCUUUCCUGCCAGCUCUGCCCACUCGCCACCUCGCGUCAGCUGUAAAUUCAGAAGUCCUGGUCCUGGCACCUGAGUGACUUCACAUUUAUAUCAUCUGCCCAAGGGAAAAGAGCUGGGCUGCAUCUGAUACAGGGACAGAUCCUCUGCCGUGGAGCCUGUCCUGCCAAGUGGCCAGCGCGGGUGAGGGGGGUUCCUGAUGACAUCUUUUCAUAGCAUCUAAGUGAAGAGGGACAGGUUGGCUUCCUUGAGUUUUCAUUUCCUUGUUUUAACUCGGGCUUCAGGCAAAAUCUUUAACCACUUUGGCCUCUGUUCCCUCCACCAGCGGGGCGGGUUGGGGGAGCAGCACGGACCUCCCUCACGGGCACUGGGAGGCCUGCGUGCUGAUCUGAAGUGGGGCUGCCCCGAACUGAGCCCUGCAUGAAGUUCCCAGGGCCUCUCUACUGAAUCGAGUGAUGGGGUGGGGCCGGGGGUGACCGGCCCGCCGCAGCCGUUCUUCAGUCCGUUGGUGCUAAUGAGGCCAGGGUGCAGGGUUCGAGUCACACAGAGGCCAGUUAACUCGACACAGAGAAAAUCGAUUCCCUUACCUCUAGCCAGUCACUUUAUCUUUCAGCAGUUGUGAUGGGUUUUGCUGAGCCAUCCUCUCUCUCACUGAGUUCCUCUGAAAUUAAGUUAAACACAUUUACAGUCCAAAGCACAUUCUACUGACAGAGCGGUAGUGUCACCUUCAUAAUCAAAUAGCUUAUUUUUCCAUCUCCUCUGCAACCCCAGUUACAUAAGUACACGUCUAUACAAUGUUGUCAAGGGAAAAAGCAGCGUACAGUUAUGUAAAGUAUUAUAUUCUUCAGUAACCCUGUAGCAGUUGGAUGCAGGGAACCAUGGGAGACUUUUUGCUUUUUUAAGUGAAGAGCUGUGCUCUUUUCUGUCUAGACUGGGAUGUGUGGGGUCGGAAGAGGUCAAAUAGCUUAGUUAGAUGGUGGUCGUCAGGUUGUUCCUCCACUGGCCGUGAGGAAGGCCAGGAAUGUCUCUUCAGAACAAGAGUCUGGGUCCCCCUUCUUUCCUUAUUAUUCCCCUUCCAUUUCGACUACCCCUUUAUUUAUUUGUUUUCUAAUUAGGGGCCAAGUCUGUAAAGUCUUGUCAAACGGAGCUAGGUGUUCUUUUGUUACUAUUUGUGUUUACCGCAGUUGGGAGGUAAGGUAGAGUUUUCAUGAAAGUGUGUUUGUUUUGCACCACGACUGUUACAGGGCCGUGUGUUGCUAACUUGAGCAUAGACCAGCUAAAUGUUUUCUGGGUGUAAGCCUCUGAAUACAUGGGGGUCUCCUUUUUCAUAUAUUAAAUGCAAGUUGUUAGUACCUCACGAGCUGCAGAAGUUCAGCCAUGAGAAUUUGUUUGGCAGCAUGAACAGAUUUGUACAUAAAACUGCAAUGGUCUUUUUUUACUAUUAUUUUUUUCAGAUUUCCUGAUACCUUAAAUACAUUUACAUCUCUAUCAGUUAUUGACUUUUUGUUUGCCUUACUUGGGCCAAGUUUUUAAUGCGUUAUACCUGGAAAACAAACGAUUUCAGCCUUGGGGAUGUUUUUUCAGGGGAAGGGUUACCACACACCGUCUGUGAUAUACUGUGGUUUCUGUAUCAGUAUCUAAGGUUUCUGUCUAAAAUUGGCACAUGUAAGGAUUGAAGAAAGCAGUUACAUAACGGCAGUUGAAGUUCUUAGUCAUUAAACGUUUGUUAGGGAUCUUCUACGUGCAAGACACGAGACCAGGAAUAACAGAGUGAUGCUGACCUGAUAAGUGUUCUUUGAAACAUGGCUGAAGUGCAACUUAUUAUAAGUUAAUUAUUAUUUUUGCUGUUGUAAAUAGUAGUGGUUUACAAUGUGCUUCAAAGCAUAUCCCUUAAAAAUUCAAGCAGUGAGAAAUAAGACCCAUCUGAACUUAGUGCUCUGACUGUUUCUAAACUGAUAAUAUAGAAUGUUACUUGGAAAAAGUCUGGAAUACGUGGUGCACGCAACAGUGCUUCAUGAAUGAGUUUCUUCGUUUUUAUAAUGCACCAGGUUUCUCAAAGUUUGUGUUUUUCAUUAAUAAAACAUUUUAUAAUGCAUAUCCUAUGUUUAUUACUUUUUCUUCCUCAACUAAUUUGUUUGUGAAGUGUACCGUAAAGUUGAAGAUUAACCAUCCAUUAUUUAUCUUCUCUGGCAAUUUAUAUGGUUGAGUGCGUGGGGAGUUUUUUGCAGAAGGUGCAAAGUGAUUGGAUUUUUUUACUUACUGUUCCAGGGAGCUUUUUUUGUAUUCAUUUCCUGCGCAUUUUUCCAGUUCCCAGGCAAACUUCCUGUUUACAUACCUUCUGUGUUGUAUCAGUACUUUGAUUCUAGUUGAGAUGACAGUUUACUUAAAACUUGAGAGGGCCAUUCAGCAUUGCCUAAUGUUUUUACUUCUCAAAUCUGUGUAGUACACUGGUUUAUAAUCUUUGUGUCUUCGUUGAAUCUGAAUGUCUUUGCUAUUUCUCUUCCUCAAGAAAAUAUAUUGUCUUUAUAUACUCUUAAGAAAAAAGAGCAAAGAAGGGUAUCUUUCUUAUUCUCGUUUUCUCUGAGUUGGAAACAAACAAAAUAAUGAAGGAAUCCAACUAGAAGAUAGACACAUAAGUUUAAAUAGAUUAGUGGAGAGAGUUGUAAGGGGUUCCAAGUAUUAGCUUUCGUUCCUAGAAUCAGUUCAGAGACUGCUCCUUGUCCUGGAGAGACUAGCAGAUGUUUGUAAUGUUACCUUAAAAUCAUCUUUUUAUUUUACAAGUCUCAUGCCCACUGGUUAAAGUCUUUAAGAAGUUGGGCUACUAUCAUGGAUGGUUUCACUGCCAUCAGCCAUCUUGAUGUAUUAUAAAUGGCAUCCUUAGCUACUUAUUUUAAUGCUUAAAGUUUUAUAUAAAAUGCUUUAUUUAGAAAACUUACAUUUAAUACAAUGGUGUCAGCCUUGCCUUGCCAUGUACCAGUUUCACUUGAAAUUUGACACCAGUUACAGUGGUUUGGGACGGAGAAUGCAGUCCUGGAAAGCAUACAGAUAAGAGUAUCUUUUUCUAUUUGCAACAGUAUCCGUUAUGUGGGAGGAGAAGUUACUGUUAGAAGGAAGGCAGCUUAAGUGGAUAAUGUUUUGUGUAUCAUUGAGGAUUUUCCUUAAAACAUUUUUUUUAAUAGUGUAAUUGUUAAAUGUCCAAUUUUGCUCUGUAUUUGCCUGAAGUUUUAGUAUUUGUUUUCUAGGUGGACUUCCAAAAACCGAACCAGUACUUGGUGAGGUUAGAUGUGUGUGUUUCCAGGCUUGGUGUGUGUGAGUGGUUUUGCUUGCUUUUUGGUUGUAUUUCCCUCCAGAGGUUUGGAACUUUAAUCAAUAAUUGUGUGUGUUAUAUAUAUAUUUUUAAAGCGGCUUUGUUUUUUUCCUCAAGUAAAAUUGUGAACACAUUUGCUUUUCAAGGGCAGGGCGUCAGUUCUAGAGACUGAAGCUAUUGCAGGUUGUACCAUGUGCCUUCUUGUUGUGUUUCUGGACACAAUUUUUUUUUUUUUGACAACUUGAAAACUCAAAAGGGAUGUCUAAUUAGGUUCUAUACUGUACAUCAAUCUAUGCAUAAAUGGCAGCUCGUCUUCUUGAGCCACUGUCUAAAUUUUUUUUCUGUUUUUAUAGAAAAUUUUUAUACUGAUUGGUUCACAGAUGGUCAGUUUUAUACACAGACUAAACAAUACAGCACUUUGCCAAAAAUAAGUGUAGCAUCACUUAAAUAUUGUAUAUUAACACCAUUUCUUUGUAAUUGGGUUCAGUGGUGUAUUUUGCACGACCUGGAGUCACGGUUUUUAAUCUGUCAGUAAAUAAAAUGUUCUUUAACUUCA